AUGUCUGUGGAGCUCGAUCCCACGGAGCUUGGCUUCCGCAGGCCAUUCACCUCGGAGGUCGCUCAGAUAUUGAAGAUUCGGAACCCUAAUAACCACCCGGUUGCUUUCAAGGUCAAGACAACGGCCCCCAAGCAGUAUUGCGUACGACCGAACUCUGGUCGCAUAGAGCCGGAUCAUGAGGUUGAGGUACAAGUCCUUCUCCAGGCUAUGAAGCAGGACCCUCCCGCCGAUGCCAAAUGCCGAGACAAGUUUUUAGUCCAGGCUGUGCCUAUCAGCGGCGAUAAGGAGUUUGCCACUGUUGCCGACAUUUGGGAUUCGGUAGAGAAAUCCGCUAUUGUGGAGAGGAAAAUCCGAGUGACCUUCCUCCCUGCUCACUCUGCUACGGAGGCUGUAGCGACACCAGCCAAGAGGGACACAGCCGACAACGCGGUCGACGCUACGCCGGAUGUCCCCCCUCCGUCUUAUUCGUCUCCAGAACAAACCUCGGCUGCUACGCAACCGGCUAGCAGCCCCUCGGUCGAUGCAAACAAGGCCGCGGUCAAGGCCGAGCCAGAGUCUCCUUCCAACAUCUCGUCAUCCAUUUCUGCCGCUACCGCGCAGGUUGCACAAUCAAAGCCAGUGGAACAGGUCAAGGAGAAAGUGGCGGAGGUCAAGAGCGCAGUAGCCUCAACGGUUGAGGAUAGUGGGUUGAAGCAGCGCAAGGCCUCCGGCACUUCGGCCGUCAAACGUCAAGCUACGGCCCCGGCACCAGUGACAAAGGUGCACCCCGCAGCUCAGCAGGCGCCUCAGGGCGUUCCUGUACACAUGGUGGCUGCCCUGUGUCUUGUUAGCUUCCUCCUUGCUUAUUUCUUCUUCUAG